CGACCAUGACCAGCGUAGCUCUAGUCGUUGGCGCCGCUAAUAAUCUAGGUUACCAGGUUUUAAAGAAAUUGACAGAAGUAUACAAAGGCAAGAUUUACUUCACAACAGAAGAGGAAACAUUGGGUUACAACGUUUCAAAAGCUUUGCAUACGAAAAGAAAUGAUUUGCACCAUAUACAAAUGGAUGUGACUUUCACGAAGAGUAUUAUCAAACUGAGGCACUACAUUCAAGAUAGAGAUGAGAGGAUUGACUUGUUGAUAAACUGCAUAGAUUACGUGCCGGAGAAAAAAUUAACGCACGCGGAGAAAGUUAGAAGAACGUUGAGUGUCAACUUUUACGGUUAUAUAAACUUUGGAAAAUUAGUGUAUCCUAUUUUAAAUGAAGAUGCGAGGGUAGUGAACGUCUCCGGACCUGCUGGUCUGUUGGCAACUAUAGAAAAUGAAAGCAUCAGACAGAGAGUAGGUAAUCCUUCGCUGACAGAAGAUGAACUUGUUGCUAUAAUGCAGGACUAUGAAGAAGCUGCCAGGAGAGGCGAAGAUCGAACCCUAGGAUGGGGCAUAAAUGUCCACGCGGUUAGCAAAGUCGCUCUAAACGCUGUAACAUUUCUGCAACAUAGGCAAUGGAGUGACAAAGGCGUAGUGAUUAACUGCGUGAAUCCUGGUAACCUGUCAACUAGGGAGAAUAGGAGGACGUCGAAAGUCUUCGAAGAUGGUGCCAAAGCAAUUUUGUAUCUUGCGUUAGAAGCGCCCUUGUCGAUAAAGGGCAAUUUCGUAUGGAGUAAUUAUUCUGUGAUAGAGUGGAACUGUGAUCCUUAUGUAGAAGUGUCAACGGUCUGAAAUAUUAGUGAUUGAGGAACUUAAGGAUUUAUUAAACAAGUUGGUGUUUAUAUAGCAUUGAACUUGGUUAUCGUGGACCAAGUUUACAUAGAUGGUAUAGUUUAGAAAAAUACUUAUUUAUUUGCUCCUAUCGAAAACAGAAAUAUAAUAAUAAAUAUGUAUGAUCGUACAAUAUCAAUAUUCCUAGUUGGGAGUUUAUUUAAUUAUUAUAAAAGGCAAUUUUGCAACCAUACCAUAUGAUGAAGCUCUUGAUUUAGAAUGAGUUACAAAUAAAAUGCAGCAAGAAUAAAAAAAUGACAGCAAUGUUAAGAAUAAAUUCUGAAUGAAUGUUGACUUUGUCUUUUGUGUUAAUUUAGUUUGCUUAAAUAUACUGGAGAAUAUUUUAGUUAUUGUUUUGCGGAACGUGUAGAUUUAUCCAACCAAUAGAUAAUAGCCGGACGAUAAUAGCUUCGUAGCUGAUAUAAUAUUCCUAGUGACAAUAAAAACAAUUUAACGAUAAUAUUUCUCUUCACAUGGUCCUCAUUUUAUCAAAUUAAAUGUAUGUAUGUUAAAUAUAUGAAUGUCAAUACUUUCCACGCUUCAAUCG